AUGGAAGUGAAUCAGCGUCUACUUGAGUCACUCCCAAAUCCACCAGAUGCUCUAAUAGAACCAAUACUUUUCAUUAGGAAAGUUGAAAAGCCUAAAGAAAACGGAAAAGUUGGACAUCGGAUCUUUUUGGCCACAAUCUAUGGUGCAUAUUUAUACAAAUCGAAAUUCUUAACAAAGAAGAUCCAAUUUGAUACUCUAAUACCAUGGGAUCGUGUUAGAGAAAUUUAUUCUCCAGCAGAAAACGAAAUUAUCCUCAAAUACUCAGAUCAAACAUUCCAUUGCCGUGACCAAGCGUACAGAAUCAUGCUCACACAGAUAAUGAAGAACCUCGUAAACGUUUUCUUAAUGUCCGAGCUACCGAUGUUCAAAUCAGAUCAAUACAUACCUAGCCCCGAUUACAUGGACAAGUAUUAUCCACAAUACAAACGCUUUCUUUUCAAAUGCCGAGCAAAUGAUCGAAUUCCAACUCCAGAAUUUCUCCAAAGCUUUAACAAAUACACACAAGACAUCAAGAAUAACUCAGUUAUAGCAUUUAACAUUGGCGAAAUUGCCGGUUUCGAACCUUACGCUGACUUAAUUUUUGAAUCUCUUGAUGUAUGCAAUUUUAUUAAGAUUCUAAUCAUUCCUGAGACUACAGAGCAUAAUUUAUGGACACCUCUCGCCAAUUUCAUACGCAGAACUAACUUUAUUACGUCAAUUGAAAUUUUUGACAAAAUUUCGGAUGGUUUUAACAGUUUUUUGCAAGCCAUUAUACAGAACCCUAAUUCUAAGAUUCAAUCCUUACUAUUUAACAAAUCCAAAGUCACUUCCAAGCAAGUUUCAUUGUUAAUUGAGUUAAUGAGGAUGAAACCGAUCAUUCAGCUUGGUUUUAACGAGUCAGUUGACAAUUUCUAUCCCAUUAUAAAGGUUUUCGCUAACAAUAAUCAAUUCCAAGCGUUAAGAUCUUUAACAAUAACUCAUGUCAAAGGCGCAUCGGCCAAAAACGCCAUCCAACAUCUUCCACGGCUCAUCAAAUUAGAUUUCUCGUAUAACGAUGUCGAUAUCACCCCUACAAUCAAAGAAAUUGCAAAUACCAAGAAUUGUCGUAUACGAGAGAUUUAUUGUGAUAGUAAUUACUGCAAGAUGAAGCCUCCACGGAAGAUGAAAUUACCAAAGAAGUUCGAUAAAUUCAUUGGUACAAACAUAAAAUGGUUUGGAAACAAUUUAUUAUCGUUUAUUAACAUUUUCUCGCAUAAUUCGAUGAAUCCGGACCUUAAUGUCGUCAUAGAUCUUAGUAAUGCUGAUAUAGAAACUGAAGCAAAGCUCGUUCUUUUCGAAAAAAUUUCGAAAUAUCCAAUACCAAAUUUAUUUGCUUUCAAAUGGGAAGAAAACCCACUCCAUCAAGGUUUCUUCGAUUUCCUGGCUGCAUGCAAGAAGCUAAAGUACCUUUCUUUGUCAGGUUGUUUCUCGAUUUCGGAUAAUUCAAUGGACCCUUUCUUAAAAUUCAUUUCUUCCAACAAAACAAUCAAGAAAUUGGUUGUUCAAGGCCGAGAAAACAAGAAAAUCGGCGUAGCUGUUGGAAGAAUUUUGGAUGGUUUAGUAGAUAAGCGAAUACAGUUACUUGAUAUAUCUAAUCAGUGUAUACAAGAUGAUAUAUUCCCUUUGCUUAAGAAAUUCCUUGACAAAAACUUUUAUUUGGAGAGUUUGUACUUAGAUCAGAAUCAAUUUCAAAAUCCUGAUGAUUGGAGAGACUUCGUGAAGUAUCUAAAGGGCAGACAUAUCAAAAUGCUGGUACAAUUACCUCAUAAUGACCUCAAAGACUUAAAUGGCCCAAUUAAAAGGUUCAAAAAGAGGGAUUUGAGAGAAUUUAUUGCGGAUUUGAAGAUUAUUUCGUGCUAUGACAAGUACUCUGAUAAGAGAAUUGGCCGUAAAAUGACGAAAUCUGUUUCAUUUACAAAAGAAGACAUAGAAAAAGCGAUGUCAAGGUCAUCUUCUCAACCAGAACUAUCGCAAUCAUCAAAAGGAAACGAAGAAGAAGACGAAAACUCGAUGGAUGAAAUCGCUAAGAAGAUGAAAGACGAAUCUGAAGGUGGAGACUCGGAAGAAAACGACGACAACCAGAAAUCUUCUUCUUCAGAUGAGGAAGAUGCAGAAAAUCAGCCAAUACCGAAACCACAAUUACCUCAAUCUCCUCAAACUCCCUUUAAACUUCCACCUCCCCCAUCAUCGCAGUCACCUCCCCCUCAAAUACAAAGAACGAUACCACCUCCCCCAUCAUCACAAUCUCUCCCCCCUCAAUUUUCAAGAUCUCCUCCAUCUUCACCACAGAGGAUGCCAAUAGCGAUGCCAUCAUCUCCACAACGGAACAGAAUGAUGAUGCCACCACCUCCACAUCAAUCUCCUCAAAAACCAAUGAUGCCAAUGCCUCCAUCUCAGAUUCAACAAAAUAGAAUGCCAGCACCACCUCAACAACAAUACCAACAACGAAAAGUUGUUAAUUAUAGGAAUGUCGGCGGUGUUUCAUGGGAAAAUGUUGAAUUGGGCUUUAUUAAUGAUUCAAUUUGGGCCAGAAACUAUAAAUUAUCUCCUGCAGAUUCAUCAGCAGUUAUAACACAGCUGUUCAACAGAGAAUUUGCUUUGCAAAGACUAUCUGUUGCACUGAGACGCAAAUAA